CCCAUCUCAUCAUCUCGGCGGCUGCAAUAAAAUAAAUCUCGUGCAGGGGGGAGGGCGUACGACGACGUGGACGCACCGUCAAAGGCACCAGGCUGAGCAACCCCUCUCUCUCUCCCUCUUAUCCCCAAGGCGAGGAGCGGAGCGGAGAGGAGGGCCCUUCUGCUUGUUUCUCCGCUUUGCAAGAUGUCGUCCCCGAGCAAGCGCCGCGAGAUGGACCUUAUGAAGCUGAUGAUGAGCGACUACAAGGUGGAGAUGGUGAACGACGGGAUGCAGGAAUUCUUCGUCGAAUUCAAGGGCCCGGCCGAAAGUAUCUACCAAGGUGGUGUCUGGAAGGUUCGGGUAGAACUGCCUGAUGCAUACCCUUACAAAUCCCCGUCCAUCGGCUUCAUCAACAAGAUUUAUCACCCGAAUGUCGAUGAGAUGUCUGGCUCUGUCUGUUUGGAUGUCAUAAACCAGACAUGGAGCCCAAUGUUUGAUCUAGUAAAUGUUUUUGAAGUAUUCCUUCCACAGCUGUUGCUGUACCCAAAUCCUUCUGAUCCAUUAAAUGGGGAGGCUGCAGCACUGAUGAUGCGUGAUCGGCCUGUUUAUGAACAGAAAGUGAAAGAAUAUUGUGAAAAGUAUGCUAAACCAGAGGACGCUGGCAUCACCCCGGAAGACAAGUCCAGUGACGAAGAGCUUAGCGAUGACGACGACGACGACAACGACUCCGGGGACGAAGCUAUACUUGGCAAUCCUGAUCCUUAGUCUGAGUAGGAAACAGCGCAGUCAGCUCAUCAAUACAUUGUCCAAUUGCAGAAACUGCAAGUAAACAAAAACUGAAAAACUAAAAAAAAAACCUCUGGAUGUCAUGUAAAUAAGUGUACUUUGUAUGUUCUCCAAUGUUGUUUCCUUCAUUUGUCUGAUUGAAUUUCUAGUUGCUGUUGCAUGCC